GCAAUUUCUUUCUGCAAGUUCUUGCGCGUUGUAUUGCUCCAUGUCAAGCGGCCUUUAAAGACUAAACCACUCUUUGAAUGCAGUCAAUGAUCUUAACCUCACUUUUAAUUAUUUAAGUGUUCUCUUGAUGGUUGUUGUGAAUGGUAACGAAAUAAGCAUUCCUCGAAGUGCUUGUGUUGUUGUAUUAUAGUGAAAUAAUUGACUCAACAACUAGCUAUACAUUCGGACCCCCUUAAAAUAAUGUCGAUCAAUGGUGGCUCUGUAGUCGUCAAAAUUGAACCCAAACAAGAAGACGAAGGAAGUUCAAGUAUCGAAAUCCUAAGCAAUCAAGUUUCCACGACGGUAAAAGAUGAGCCGAACCCCGAAUAUUCUAAAUUCGUGGUGUACGACGAACAAGAUAUUAAGCCUGAAACUUCGAAGGUUGUCGUGAUUGAACGACACCUUUCACCGCGUCAAGCUGCCAAAGAUUUAAAAUGUGCUACCUGCGGUUACGUGACGAAUAAUCCACAGCUCUUUAAAGGGCAUAUUCUAACACAUCAGGGUAGGAAAGAUUUCAAAUGUAAUCAUUGUGAAUACGCCGCAAUUAGUAAGUCUUACUUGAAGCGACACCUCGUAAAACAUAAGCCCGUUAAAGAUUUCGUUUGUGACCAUUGCAGUUAUGCUACGGUUGAUAAGUACUACCUGAAACGACACCUCCUAACCCACAAAGUUGUUAAGGAGUUUAAGUGUGCGAGUUGUGAUUACGCAACAAGUAACCAGCGUUCCUUGAAUCGACACCUGUUACGACAUAAAGUUAUCAAGGAUUUCGUAUGCGAUUACUGCGAUUAUGCGACAGGUGAUAAGUAUUACUUGAAACGGCACCUUUUAAUACACAAAGAUGCUAAAGAUUAUAAAUGUGCAAACUGUUAUUAUGCAACGAAUAUUAGAGGGCACUUCAACGAACACCUCCUAACACAUAAAGCCGCCAAAGAGUUUAAAUGUCACACUUGCGAGUACGCGACGAAUAAUAAACGGCUUUUUAAAGACCAUCUCUUGGUACACAACGUUGCCAAAGAAAUUAAAUGUGACCAGUGUGAUUACGCAACAAAUAACAAACAGCUUUUUAAAGAUCACUAUGUCGUGCACAAUGUUUCGAAGGAUUUUAAAUGUGGCGAGUGUAAUUAUGCAUCGAGUAGUAAGCGUGCUUUAAAAGCACACCGCUUGACUCACAAAACUACCAAAGACUUUAAAUGUAAAGAUUGUGAUUACGAGACGAAUAUUAAAGACCUUUUCAGAAGACACAGCCAAAUACAUAAAGCUACGAAAGAUUUUAAAUGUGACAGGUGUGAGUAUGCAACGAAAAAUAAGUACUACCUGAAACGGCACGUUCUAAAACACAAAGUUACAAAGGAUUUUUUAUGUAGCUAUUGCAAUUUCGCCACAGUCGAUCAGAGUUACCUAAACCAACACCUGCUAACACACAAAGUCACGAAAAUUUUUAAAUGUGCACAUUGCGAUUACGGAACGAAUAGCAAAUCGCAUCUAAAAGAACACCUGCUAAUACAUAAGGCUUCAAAGGAUUUUAAAUGUGACCAGUGUGAUUAUGCGUCGAAUAAUAGGCAACUCUUUAAAAUGCAUCUCUUAACACAUAAGGCUUUGAAAGAUUUUAAGUGCGACGAGUGCAAUUAUGCGACAAAUAAUAAGCAUCUUUUUAAAACGCACGUGUCGAUACAUAAAGUUACAAAGGAUUUUAAAUGUGGCGAGUGCGAGUAUGCAACGAAUAAUAAGCAACUUUAUAAAAUACACCUCUUGAAACAUAAUGUUUCAGCAUUUUAAUGUUAUA